GCGGUAUCCGCGUCGCAACAUCAAACGAAUCCGUCUGCGUAUUUGUGGUGGGUGCAAAGAAGCCGAAACGGCAAUCCUCUGCUUAUUCCAGUUACGGUCGCAACGCUAAAUGCACGAAACAGGCUCACAAAGGAAAGCCGCUGCAAAGUGUUAGGAGCUUUUUCCACUGAAAAUCUGUUAAAUUUAUUGAAGAAUCAGUGCAAAAGUGUCGCAAAGUGAGACUGGCCGACGGAAUUUGCCAUGUCCGGGACGAUUCUGGAGAAUCUCAGUGGCAGGAAGCUGAGUAUUCUUGUUUCCUGUCUGCUGUUUCUGCAAUUUCUAUGCUUCCUGUUGGGUGGUCUCGUUGCCCCAGUACCGGCUAAUGUUCAAACAGUUCUAGGAACAAUCUGCAAGGAUGUACCCGGUUCCCAUAAUGAUACCUCGAUUUGGUUGUACUCACGUGGAGAGGAGCACUGCCAAAGCUUGGAUCAUCUGGACAUUGAGAACCACGACCUGAAAAUGGCUAACCAAAUUGUUUUCGUGUUCCAAAUGCCCCUGCCGAGGGAGGGUCGUCAGCUGGACUAUUCACGUUGGCAGCAGAAUUUGAUCGGCGUGCUGCAGACGGACAUCGCCUACGAUAAGAAUAUUCUCCUGAAACCACACUCCAAGAUGACCAUCGAUGCCCGUUUAGCCUACCGAAACAAAGGCGACCCGGAUCAGGAUUGGAAAUAUCUGGCUUCUUCCAUUGAGAAGCGUGACCUGGACUGUGCAGCCGACAACGUAACAGACGAGUAUCUAUACAAUUGCAAUGCAAUUCCAUUGUUCGAACUGGGCUCUCUGCAUCAUGACUACUACCUGCUGAAUGUUCGACUGCCGGUCGAUAGUGACUUGAAAAUGAAUCUUGAAAUUGGUCACAUACAAGAUGUACAUCUUUCGGUUAUCUAUCAAAACGGUGGAUUUACAAAGGUCUGGGUAUCUCUGAAGACUGUCUUCCUUCCAUUCAUAGUCAUCAUAAUGGCCUGGUUCUGGCAGCGCGUUCAUUUGCUUCAACGCAAACCAGCCCUACUGGAGUACAUGCUUCUUGCGCUUGGAAGUGCUCUCACAUUCCUGAAUCUUCCACUGGAGUACCUUACGCUGGUAUUUGAUAUGCCCUUCAUGUUACUGCUGAGCGACAUUCGACAGGGAAUAUUCUACGCUUGCCUGUUAUCAUUUUGGCUUGUGUUUGCUGGGGAGCACAUGCUUAUACAAGAAACUGGCGAGAAAUCUUCUCUCAAAACAUACUGGAAACAUCUCAGCGCUGUGGCGGUUGGCUGUGUAUCGUUGUUUCUGUUCGACAUAUGCGAACGUGGAGUACAGCUAAAGAACCCAUUCUACUCGAUUUGGGUAUCGAAGAUCGGCUCCACCUUUGCUCUCGGAUUCAUAAUUCUGGCCGGAAUCUCAGCGGGACUCUAUUUCCUCUUCCUGUGCUAUAUGGUCUGGAAAGUAUUCUGCAACAUCAACAUCAAACGGACAUCACUGCCAUCGAUGUCAUCCGCGCGUCGGUUGCACUACGAAGGAAUAAUCUAUCGCUUCCAGUUUCUGAUGUUGGCCACCCUGCUGUGUGCAGCUCUCACUGUGAUUGGUUUUGUCAUCGGUCAAGUUUCCGAAGGUCGCUGGAAGUGGGACGAGAAUAUCGAUCUUGAGUUCACUUCGGCCUUCUUCACCGGUGUCUAUGGAAUGUGGAACAUCUACAUCUUUGCCCUUAUCGUCCUGUAUGCUCCGAGUCACAAGAAGUGGCCGGCAAAUGAAACAACCGAAAACAUCAUCAGCGAAGAGAUCGAAUUCAGCAAUCUACCCUCCGAUUCCAAUCCCAGUGAGAUUUCCUCCCUGACGCAGUUUGCCCGCAAAGCUGCAUUCGACUAAGC